AAUUCCCCUCCUGCCAGAUAAGUCCCCGGCCCCGGCCAUCGCGCGUAUUCUCUUCUUUCCCUCACUCGAACCGACCCCUGCUGCGAUGCCCUACAAGCUUUCGGCAACGCUCACUGGCCACACUGCCGAUGUGCGGGCCGUCGCUUCACCAACGAACGAUCUCGUCCUCUCUGCUUCGCGCGACAGCACCGCGAUCUCAUGGGUUCGGAACAGGGAUGCCCCAGGAUUCGGCCAGUCCGUAACCCUGCGCGCAGGUUCACGGUACAUCAAUGCUGUAACAUACCUCCCACCUACACCUGAAGAACCGCUAGGAUUUGCGGUGACGGGCGGUCAAGACACUGUGAUCAACGUCUUCGCCCUCUCGGCUAACUCCAACGAGCCUGCGUACUCCCUCAUCGGCCACACGGACAAUAUAUGUGCACUGGACUGUACGCCCGACGGAUUGAUCGUUUCUGGAUCUUGGGAUCGAACGGCCAAGGUCUGGAAGGACUUCAAACUCUUGUACGAUCUCACCGGACACCGGCAGUCCGUAUGGGCUGUAUUGGCUGUAGAUUCCGAACAGUUCCUGACGGGCUCUGCCGACAACACCAUCAAACUAUGGAACCAGCACAAGAACGUCCGAACAUAUCCUGGGCAUACACAAGCGGUUCGCGGCCUAGCGCUGUACACAGACAUUGGGUUUGCGUCAUGCUCAAACGAUAGUGAGAUUAAGAUAUGGACCAUGGAAGGCGACCUCGUUCACACACUCUCCGGGCAUACAUCGUUCGUGUACAGCAUCUCCGUGCUGGAGAAUGGUGACAUCGUAUCCGGAGGGGAGGACCGUACAGUCCGCAUCUGGAGAGAUGGCGAGUGCUACCAGACGAUUGUCCAUCCUGCCAUCUCUGUCUGGUCGGUGUCGACCAUGCCGAACGGUGACAUUGUGACUGGAUGCAGCGACGGUGUCGUACGCAUCUUCAGUCACGCGGAGUCACGUCAACUGCCGAGCGAAGAGCUGAAGGCAUACGAAGAUCAAGUCGCGAGCCAGACUUUGCCCGCGCAGCAAAUCGGCGAUGUCAAGAAGUCGGAUCUGCCAGGUUUGGAGGUACUGUCGACGCCGGGCAACAAACCUGGCGAAGUCAAGAUGAUCAGGAACGGUGAUAACGUAGAGGCCCAUCAGUGGGACAGCGCGUCGUCCAGUUGGCAGAAGAUAGGCGACGUCGUGGACGCCGUCGGCUCCGGGCGAAAACAGCUAUACGAGGGGAAGGAGUACGAUUACGUCUUCGACGUGGACGUACAGGAAGGCAUGCCGCCGCUGAAGCUACCUUACAACGCUGCCGAAAACCCAUACGCGGCUGCGCAGCGGUUCUUGAAUGCUCACGAACUUCCCCUGACCUAUUUGGACGAGGUAGUGAAAUUCAUCGAGAAGAACACCGGUGGUGUGACCCUGGGUGGCGGGGCUCAGUACUCUGAUCCAUUCACUGGUGCGUCUCGGUACCAGCCCGCGCAAGCUGCGGCUGGAGGUCGCGCGCAGGAAUACAUGGAUCCUUUCACGGGCGCGUCUCGGUAUCGUGCGGCACCUACUUCACCAUCACCAGCUCCCGCUGUAAACCAAGCCGAUCCUUGGACAGGAUCUUCAAGGUACUCCUCGGCUGUAACACCGUCUACGCCUCCCCCUCGAGCUACCCCGGCGACAUCGUCGAAAGUUAUCCCAGUCCGUACGCCUUUGGCGUUCCGUCAGGCGAACGUCUCUGCGAUGCAAGCAAAGCUGCAGCAGAUCGAUCAAAGCCUUCGGAACGAGAUCUCAACAUCAUCGUUAGCCAUGUAUCCCCAAGAGCGCAUCCGCGUCGACGAGGCCUUUGCGUACCUCUCCGCCAUUGUCUCUCAGCUCGCACAUUGGGACAAUCCGCCGCCCGGUACAAACCCGCCCACAGCACGCCACCUAGAUGCCAUCAUCGCGUUGCUUGAUAGGUGGCCGCGGGAGUCGUUGUUCCCUGUCAUGGACCUUGGUCGGCUCUUGCUUGCCUUCUGCUCAAGUUACUCGCAAGACACACAGCUGAAGCAUCGCUUCUUCAGCGCUAUGAUGCACGCUUCGUCUUGGAAGGACCCUUGGGAGACUCCACUGUCGCGGUCAAGAGAGACGAACACGCUGUUCUUCCUCAGGGCCCUCGUGAAUACCUUCCAGGAUAAUCUUUACGGGGAUGGGGCGUGGGUCAAGACGAUACUGCAAGACAUCGCCCAGCAACCUUACAACAACCUGACUAAGGCUCAGCGGGUCGCAUGCGCGACCAUUCUGUUUAAUCUGAGCUGCAUCGGGCUGAGGGAGCCGCUGGAGCCCGAGUUGACGAUGUUCUUGUACAAUUCCAUCAUGACGGGGCUUCAGCAGGAUACAAGCGACCAGGAGGCAGCGUAUCGCGCGUUGGUAGCCUUGGGAAACAUCCUAUAUGCGGCGAGAGAGAAAGGCGAGAAGCCGAACGAAGCACAAGUCAACGCCGUCAAGCAGUGCAUGUCGUCACUCCGCUCGACGUUCUCCGACGACCGCGUCAAGAACGUGUCCGCAGAGAUUGAGGAAUUGCUACGAUGACCGAAGAGCCGUUUGCUGGGUGGAGCCACUGGAUGCGAGCGCUCUCCCCGAGGUCUUACGUACGGUCUCAACGCCCGCGGGGCCAGGGCAGUUUCUUGUCCCUGAGACCAGUGGAAGGAUUCGUCGAUGUAAUAUGUGUAAAACAGUUGAUACGGACAGUCGCAACUUGUAUCAAUGGGUGGGCGCAUGGACCGCAGUGGCCCCGCAGACUGUAGCAGAUUCACAUAUUCUUGUCAAUUCGUAGAAAGAGAAGACAUCGUAUGGUAUUGUCCUUCCACAGCUCAGGCAUGCGUGCGGCUAUCAAUGCAUGGACGAGCUACGGCCGCGGUGCUGCUAAUAACAGACCGUGUGUGGCGGGUUAGGG